AAUUCCAUAUUCCAGUCCCGCUACAAUGAUAUGCUGCUGGAACAGGAGAAUGUUCCCUGGUUCCAUAAUAUAUUAGCAAGCGGCUUUGCGUGGAUACUGCUGGCUGGAUACUUGGUAUUUCCUGGAACAUUCACACCGCUUCGUGACUCAGAAGCCUUGCAGGCUAUGGCAUCCCAGAAUGCAGUUAGUUCUGCUGUCUACUACUCGGUUCAAAAUAUGCCAUUGUUAGGACUCGCUGCCACGUGCUGCAUCGUGGGCGGGGCCGGCUCUAUCUGGUUAUGGUGGCAGUGGAGGACGAAUUACCUUUGGCCAAACCAGCAUCUUUUCAUGUGA